AUGGUCGGCAAGCGCAAGUGGCAGGAGGCGGAUUGGGAGGUGGCGCUAGCUGCGCAGAGCUACGUGGCCUUCUGGCUCGCUCAGCUGCAGGACGACGUGACCGAGGACAUGCUCACUCAGGAGGACGUGAGUGUCCACGUCACGUGGCUCAACCGCACAGCGGACAGACGCUACGAGGUCGCGUACGACGAGCAGGUGGACGUUGGCAGCAUCUUGUGCCACGUCUAUCUGCGUGAUCUGAGCACCACGGCGUUGGAGCUCACCCCCAAGUCGCUGGCAAGAGUGCAACGUUGUCUGACGCGUACUAAGGCCAAACUGGCGGGUGAGGACGUACCGGAGGACGAGAACGAAGAAGAAGACAACGAACGUCCUCCUCCUUCUCUGCGUCGAGCUGGAGAGGACGACGUCAAGACGUCCACAGGACGAGGCAAAGGCAAGAGCCAGAAGCUCAGCAAACGAGAGAUGGCGAUGCACAUCUCUCCGCUGCGAACGACAGUGGACGAGGCCAAGUACCAAGACCGAGAGCUGCUUGGCUCACAGCCCUUUGAGUCCUUCAAUGGAGACGUCUUUUCGGCCAAUCGUGAGGUCGUACGCGCUGUGCUGACCAAGAACAUCAAGCUGCUCCAGAAACUCACGACCGACACCGACGUGCACGCAGAGCUCAGCACGUUCGACGCUCCGCGCAGCACCGACGUCAGUCGUACUGCACUCCACUAUGCUAUCGACAACGACGACCUAGCAGCAGCCUCUCUAUUACGUCAAACGGACGAGAAGGUGGACAAGGAGAAGCUUGCAGCUGCUCCAGAAGUGGCUCUGCCUUCACACUCGACUGGGCAGCACACAAGUCGCUUCAGUGACUACCAUCGACGUGCUAUCAACGCCAGUCGAGGAGGGAAGGAAGGCAACAACGCGCUGCUUGAAGACAGCUACGCUCCUCGUGCUGCGAACUUGGCAUUGGACUAUCUAUGGCGUAGUCCGAACGCUAGCGUCGAGAUGCUUACGCUGCUGUACCCGACUGGGGAGUGGACGAAUGGCUACGUCGUGGGGAACAAUGUGUGUCACUUGGCACGCUGUGGCAACUAUCGACUUGUACGUAAAGUUGUGGAGACUCUGGAGAAGAAUGGAGGCUGGGGAUUCAAUGAGCUGCACCAUAAAGUGCUCGGUGAUGGCUUGGCGGAUGGAGAUGCGACAUUGUUGCCUCCAUUUCGAGCUGUUUCGGCUAUUAAACAAGCGCAUCAGACGCGACUGCGACCGUUGCAUCUUGCUGCUAUUAACCCGAACACCAAGUAUCUCGAGGAGCUCUGGGCUGUUGCAGGUGACGAGUUCAGUGCGAUUAAAGACGACCAAGGGUACGAACCCAUCCACUACGCGGCAGGAUGCGAAUCUCCUGAGCCAAUGAAGUUUCUUAUGGACAAACGCUGCGGCUUGUUCGGACGUACGAAGACACGUUUAACGCCGUUGAUGUGUGCUCUGGAAGCAGGACGCGAGGAGACGGCACUCGCGUUACUCAAGUUCGCUGCCACGCCCGGAGAGAGCGGCGGAGGCGGCCGAGAAGUCGCUGACAAACUUGUUCGUGAGAAAGGACCAGGAGGCAAGCAGGCAAUCCACUUUGCAGCACGACACGGAUGUGCCAAGGUGUUGGAAUACCUUCUAACCGAGUGUGGAGGUGCUGCAGAGGUGAAUGCUGUAAGUGGAGGAUCGAAUAAGUCCACGCCGUUAACAUUUGCGGCGCAGAAUGGUCAUUUGGAGUCUGUACGCGUCUUGUUGUCCAACGGAGCGCGUGUGGAUCUGGGAGAUAAACUCAAGAAGACGCCGUUGAUACUAGCGGUGAAAAAUGGCCACACACAGGUGGCUGCUGCGCUCAUCAAUGGAGGCGCCAACGUCAAUGCUUAUGAUACCUCAGAGAACAGUGUGGCUCACUAUGCUGCGAGCUACGGGUGGCCUUCGUGUCUUCAGCUGUUGUGUGAUGUCGGUGCUGAAUUGUGGGCUCCGAAUGCGUGGGGCUUUGUGCCGCUUGCCUGUGCACUACUGAAACAGCAUCGCGCUUGUGCUGAGCUCAUUCUGGCUCAAGUAAGCGGCGAGGCGCAGCAGAAGUAUCUAGAUUUCAGAGACCGUCAAGGGCGUACGAUGCUGUUCUUGCAGUGUCAGCACUCGCACAGUCUCGACCAGCUGAGCUAUCUACUAGACAAGGGACUCAACGCAAACAUAAGCGACUCGGAAGGCGAAUACCCGCUGCAACGGCUGAUCAAGCGAGCAUGUGACGAAGCCCCAAAGACAGAAAACGGCAAUACAAGCAGUAGCAACCAGGAACUAUCCAAGUUCUUUUUGGAUGCGGUUAGUCUGUUGCUUCGACAUGGUGCUCAGCCGCAGUACGAGCUUUAUAAAGAAGAUGCCAAGGAAGAGGAGAAGACGCCAAUGAUGUUGCAGCCACUUCAGUUGGCGAUGGUGGGCAGUCAGACCGAGAUUGUAGAAGCUUUUGUUGAGCCAGACCGAAGAUCGAGACCGGAGCGUGAGAACUUCUUCACGUGGUGGCUAAUCCAGGAGGCAGCCAAGCUCGUAGCCACGCCCGAACUAAUUCGUAAGUGCGCGGAAAAGUGCGCCACAACGUCUGACAUGAUGUGCAAGAAGGACGUUGACGGAUACACCCCUGUAAUGCGGCUACUGGAUCCGAGUCACGAGCGCAGUGUACCGCUCGCAACGAACCAGAUCGAUCCAGACAAGCUGCAGAGUAUGCGUGACAUCGACGCUCGACUUACUGAGCUGUUUGCGAUUUAUGCGGACAAGUCGGUUGCUCGCGAAUCCUUUGUGCGCUGUGAGGAUGCUUCACGUCUACGUGAUCUCACAGACAUCUCAAGCACGAAUGAGAAUGAUGGCUCUGACAACAAACCCAAGAUUAUGGUGCAGUACGAGACGGCGUUGCAUAUGAUAGCGAGACGGAAACUCACGAGCGAGCCAACGAACCCGUGGAUGAAAUUCUAUGGCUGUGCUAGCAAGUCGGCUAACAGCCUCAUGCAUCUCCUACUGGAGAAGCGCCCCGAGUUGUUUUCGAUGAACCCCGGUGACAAGGAAAAAUCGCUGGUUAAUUUCGUGCAUCUUGGAAGCUUCAAGACAGCGCUACACUUUGCGGUGGAGUCUGGAGAUGCGCCAACUGUUCAACUGUUGCUUGAACACGAAGCAAAUGCCAACUUGUCUCCCGUACGAUGCGCAACCUGCAAGGAGUUUGCGAUCACAGACGCUAUUGCGCGAGCGAGUGGAGAGCCAGCGAUUAGUCGUGAAGCGCACCCACCUUGUACGGGUAGCUGCGGUACGAAGACGCUGCUGGAGCCGGCGUUAUUUGAAGCUGUCAAGAGCAAGCACAUCGACGAAUGA